AUGGAUAGUAAUUCACCACACAGUACUGGACGUGCACCUCCUGCAAAUAUGGAGGACAUCGCACAAAAGGUCGAAAUGCUGCCCGAAAAGACCUUGAAUGCAAUUGCGAAGGGUCCGUUGGUCAAAUUGACAUUGAACAGUACCGAUACUGAACAAAUCAAACGGGUGUGGCAGUCCUUGAUUUUGACAUUAUCCACCCCGUCUCUAUCCAGCGGACAUACCAUGGCAGUUUGCAAUGCUACAUCUGCUUUUCUCGAUGCCGCGGCCAAUGCCAAACAUGAAGAAACCAAGCAAUUGGCACUCAGCACUGAGACCUGGAUGACGGUCUUCAAUAUAUUCCUAGGCCGAUACGAGGACGCGAAACCAAAGGCGCUCAAGCUACUUCUCGGCUCGCUGGCUACCAUCUUAGCCAAGCACCUCAAAGGAGAAGAAAGAGCUCUUAUUCAACGUAAUAUUGUCACAGCUACAUUUCCUAGUGUUGUGCUUGGCGAGCCCCGGUCUCGUUUGAAGGGUUCCCUUGUAUGCCUAGAGUGGGUGAUUCGCAAGGGUGCUAUUCUUCCGUUCGAAUUGAUCCACUUAAUACAACAAUGGCUGCUCGAGAAUCGUGCCGAAUGGGUACCUGCUUUUGAGAAGGACUGCAAUACAUUUUUUGCCAGUGGCGUGCAGGCAACUCCCGACUUAAUGUCUACCGACCUAUCCGAGGAAUUCGCCGCUAAUAUCUUCUUCCUCGGUCUUCUGACUCAGACCAAUAACCGUGAAUUUUCUGGCACGGGCGGUGGAUUGUUAUCGACAUUCUUGCAAAAGCUCAAAGCAGAAUCUCCGACAAGGAAGCUGUCCAACAUCUGGGUGGCUCCUGUCAAGCUUAUAGUGUUGCGCAGCAUGGACCACCUUGAAGCUCUCUCCAGCCAAGUCCUUGAGCCUCUAUUCGCAAUUGAUCCGGCUGGCUUCCGGUCGUUUGUGGAUUCUCUGCCCUUUGAAAAUUUCUUGGCUGGCGAUAUGAGUAACGCUCGGGAAUCGGAAUUCAUCUUGCUUUUCUCGGCCCUCCAGAUGGGCAAAAAGUCCAAUCUUGUCCUCGAUGACUUCGACUCCUCGAAGCCAGACGAUAAGAAGGAUAAUGCCCCUCCGAAGUUGGUGCUAAAGAGCGAAGUUAUCGGUCGGUUCCUAUUUCAUAAUGAACCGAAGAUCCGAGUUGCGGCCUUGUCCUUGUUGAUCACAGGGCUUUCGACAGUCAAACCAUUCACGGCAUCUGCUAUAAAUGCAAUUCUGCGAGGUCUUCCGUCCAUGCAUGCGGACUCUGAUGCCUACAGCAGAGGAGAGAUCAUGAGUCUCACCCGCAAAUUUAUUUUACGCCUGAAGGGAGGUGUCGUUAAAGACGAAGAUGCAGCACAGAGUUCCGACUCUUCUGGAAAACAACCAGUUGGUUUAAGCCGAAGCGAUAGUGAGACCCAAAAAUGUCUCGAGACGUAUCUCGAUUUCCUACAAAAGGAUUUGUGUGUCACGGCGUCCUACGCGCGCCACAUCAGCGCUCUGAAAGCGCUCAAUCUCCUGCUAGUAUCUGGUCUGGAUCCAAGGGCAGGUAUCCCACCGGUGAAAUCAGAGAUUCAAACACAUUGGAAGUCGCAUGUCGAGGUUUUCAAUGCCCGCUUGCUUCGGUUGUUGGUUGACCUAUUACUUGACCCAUUCGAAGAAGUCCGACAUACUGCACUUUCAAUUAUAAACACUUUCCCGCGAGAUGUUCUUUUCAGUGCAUCAUCAGAGGGAGUUAGUGAGCAAGCUGCUGCUGGGAUGUGCCUGACCGAUGCUCUGACCCGUGCUGAAAACAUGGCCAGCAGAACCAGCCGAGCUGACCACGCUGACACUGUGGCUCGACUAUAUCAUGUCCUCUUCUGCGCUGCUUUGCCCCCAACUUCCUCCAAAGAAGUCAAUGACUGGUGGACAACGAAAUAUUCAGUUGUGGACAAAAUAAUUACCAACCUGGAAGAACGUCUUUCUUCCCCGAAGGGAUUGUUCAAUUCCAGUUUGCGUGAGGUUCCGCUCCACGGUUACAUAUCUGGUUUGAGAUAUAUCAUUCUCAUGCCGGAAUUUUAUACCCUAGUGUCAUCAGAUGAUAAUUCGGUAGCCUGGAGAUCCAUCCAUGGCCGGAUUGUCAACAUCUGUGAUCGUGUCUGGCAAGAAGUCAAGCCUGUCUUGUGCAUUGACUCCCCCGAAGGCCAUACAGACGAACCCAUUGAGGACCUCUCAGUAGGCCCUAAGGACAUAUUGUCAUACUCGUGGAGAGCUCUUCGCGAAUCCAGCUUGCUUCUCCAUGCCACGAUGGUCAAUACUACCUACGGCCCAGACAGUGUAGAUGGUCUCAGCCGCAAAGACUUCGAACAGGUCGGACAGAGCAGUUUCACUCAGCUAGCGGAACUACGCCACAGAGGUGCAUUUUCCACGGUCUCAAGUACAUUCGCGACAUGCUGCCAGCGUUGCAGUCAUUCGAAGGAUGCAUCUAUCCAGGAACUUCCCCGAUCAUGGUACCAGCGUGCGAAAAAGACGAUCUUUGAAUCGGCCUCUAAACUCACCCGCCGAUCUGCUGGCAUUCCAGCACUGAUCACAGGAGUCCUGUGCGCGGUGCCUGGUACGCCUUUCUUCAAGGAAGUACUCAACGAGUUGCAUGAAAUCUCCCGAUUGGAAGUUCAGUACAAUAAGGAGAAGCAGUAUCUGGAGCUUCCCCAAGUGCACGCCAUGAACUGCUUGAAGGACAUAUUCGUCAACAACAAGCUCGGCCCACACACCGAGCCUUUCAUCAUGUCGGCUCUCACUCUUUCUGCCGAGCGACUUGCGUCGCCUAUUUGGGCUCUGCGGAAUUCUGGACUGAUGCUCUUCCGAGCCCUCCUCACUCGAAUGUGUCGCGCGAUGCCCAAUACUGGAGGAGGCUUCGGCGGCGAUUCCGGUUCAGAGCCAGGAUCUCAAAUCUCCUUCCAAAAAUACCCCGGUCUCCUGGAGUUACUGGCUAACCUUCUGGCCACCUCUGAAGGAGCCACGGCUGAGGGAACAGAUAUUAUCACUGAGCGCAUUUUCCCAGCACUGGAGCUCAUCGGAGAGAAGAUCCCAACCCCCGAAGACAACAAUGACGCCAUGCUUUGCGGUUUGGUUUCCGAACAUUUCAAGAGCCCCGUGUGGGGAAUUAGAGAGCACGCUGCGCGUGUAUAUGCCUCUCUCCUUACUCGGGCGAAUAUUCUUAAUGACGUUCACAACCUCACCAAUGGCCUAUCGGGACAGGUCACGGAGAACUUCGUCCAUGGAACUAUUUUGUGUGUCAGGUUUGCUCUGCGCCGGUUUGCGGCCACCACUGAUAAUUUUUGGAACUCUCACCUUGACCAAACCCUCUCAACUCUUCGUCGCGUUCUGGCAACUUCAUUUCCCGUGGCCAGAUCUCCGUAUGUUGCGAGCGCCCUUGUCGAAAUCUUGAACGAUAUACUAGAGCGGAGUUUCAAGGCCAAUACCGAAAAUCGAGCUACGUCUCUCAUCCAAGCCCUCUGUGAAGAACACGACCUGGGUGGCAUUAUGGCGCAUGUUUUCGAUAAUAGUGAACCAAACUGGAAGCUAACGAGCACCACUCGGUCAUGCUCUCUUCUCAGGAGGUCUCUUGCUUGGUGCAAGAUUCUCACAUCUCUUGCAAGCAAGUCAUGGGAAGGGCUGCCUGUGUUCUUUAACGAAGUUAGCUUGUUUGACCCGGAUUCCGCGACAUGGAUCUGUGAACAGCUUGAGGAGACACUUGGAACAGCAGUGGAGUACACAAAGCCAGUUGCGAGUCUGUAUGCAUCUGUAAUGUUGGGUCAGAGCCAAACGGCUGUCAGGAUACUGGCCGCUUCAAAUCUGGCAUCGAUCCUCGAAGAAACGCUUUCGGCGCAACCAGCGAGGAUUUCUCAACUUGAUUUGCCUUUUGGAGAUCUGGCACAAAGCUUCCAGCCGCAGAAAGAGUUUGAAAGCUGGAACAGACAGGCUACAGAUGCAGGACUUCGUCUUCAAGGAUGCUUCCUCGCAGUCCACUCCACCGGAGAGAAAGUGGACUUUGCGUCGCUUCAUCACGAUAUUCACGACUGGAUCAUCAAGCUGCGAUCUGCGCUCAGCGAAGAAACGGAAUUCACAACACGAUACGCUGCAGUGUCGUCACUUCGAAGCUUUUCUCUAGGAUUCCGGCCCGAGGGCAAUGUGCCUCGAGUUGAUUCUGUACUUUUGGACAUCUACCUCAUUCUUUACGACCUCUUGAAUGAUGACGAUGAGGAGAUCCGGGAAGUUGCUGCGUCUACAGCAUCCUGGGUCCUUUCCUACUCCUCUGUCUCCCCAAGCACUGCUGUUGUACUGGGUCCCCUAAACGCAAGCUCACUACUUGCCGCCUUCAUCACCGAACACUACUCAGACUCUGCGCAAUUCGCUCGGCGAACGAUACGCUACCUAACCGGACAAGAACCUCGAAUCAGUGGCUCGGAUAACCAGACCCAUCUUGUCGCGGUGUCCGAUCUAAUUGCUCAGUCCCGCCAGGAGCGCACAGUGCUAUUUAUGGAGGAGAAACAGAACCUCUUCAUUGAUUACGUGCGGGAAGUCGAUGUCUGGUCCCAGGCGCUGGUCAACCUGAAGAAGAACGCUUGUCCUGAGACCUUGGUGCGCCAGCUCUCGAGCUGGAUUUUUGAAGGGUUGCAAUAUCUCUCAAACCUUGUUUCGCAGGAUGCUGGACAGGAUGGGCUUUUGGGGUGGCUUUCAAAUCCGGAGUCUUUUGCACUCGGAGUGCGAGUCAUCAGCAUCUCAAUUGCAUUGGCAUCUGAAAGGUUUGCAGUGCCAGAGUAUCUGGAGGCUGAGCAGCAAGCUAUUCGCAGAGAGUUGCAAUCGUUGCUAGAGUAUGGUCAAUUGGCCUCGAUCAAUGACCAAUGGCUCCGGAGAAUCCAGGUUGGUUUGGAUAAUGGACUAUAA